AUGGAGGAGGACGGGACGCAAAAUCUUGCUCAGGCAGCACUUGAUCCAAUCUCCAGACCAGAAUCGACGUCGACGACCGCAUCAACUUCUCUACCACCACACGUACUCCCAGGCAUCUCAGCACUCGCUGCUGCCAACGCGGCCACCGACGUUGCAACUCAGUUGAGAGCUUCGGCUGCUCCAUCGCCCGCCAUGUAUCCUACUGCAUCGCCUGCCGCGACGAGUGGGGGAUCUGGAAGUACCAUGCCUACCUGCCACAAUUGCAGUACCUCUACAACCCCGUUAUGGCGUCGCGACGAAUAUGGUGCUGUUCUCUGCAAUGCCUGUGGCUUGUUCCUCAAGCUACAUGGUCGACCCCGUCCAAUUUCCCUCAAGACCGAUGUUAUCAAGAGUCGCAACAGAGUUAAAACCAUGCGCCCUGACUUGGCGAAUAAGAAAAAGCAACAACAGCAGCAGCAGCAAGCUGCAGCGCAGGGAUUCGCCACGACCGAUGCGAACGGUUUCGAUACUACUGCUGCCGCACGACGAGCCUCUCACAACAAACCGAACGGUCACGAUGGAGAUUCUCCCAUCUCCCGCACUGGCACCCCCUCGAUGUAUGCGCACCACAACAUAUCCUCCUUUAUGGUUGAAGACCCAUACCAGAGUAGCUUUGUCGCAACUGGAGAAGGUCGCGCAAUAUCGCCUAUGAACGGAGACCGCAAGAUGGAUGCGCCUCAAUCUCAGGAGCAACUCAUCGCGCAAAAUUCAAGCCUCAAGACACGGGUCAGCGAGCUUGAAGUAAUCAUAGAGCUUUUCCGAGGUCGUCUUGCGCAGUUGGAGCAACAAGAAGCCACUGCUAGAAACAGUCAGCAGGUUGCGAGUGCUGAGCAAAACCAAUUGCGCUCCGAGCUUGACGCGACAAGAGAGAGCGAGGCUCAGCUACGUGCACAACUUGAAGACAGCCACCGACGUGAGAAUAGCUUGAAGCGACGCUUGGAUGAGCUUGAGCUUGAGUUUCAAGCGGUUCACCCAAUCGGCUCAGACCCUGAUGAGCGACCCGCCAAGAGACCUCGUACUGUUGACGAACCCUACAAGACUCAAUCAGAAACAGACAUUGAGGCUGCUGCCGAGGCACUCAUCGCUUCUGAAGCAUCUAGACCCAACGAGACGGCCGAAACUGCCCGUUAUGAGGCUACUGAAACACCCGAAGUAUCACAGCCCUCGGAAGAGAUCAAGGAAACCUACCCUUCCCCAGAGACAGAGGAUGUUCCUAUCGACCCUGACAUGCCCAUGAUGGACGAUACCCCUCAAUCUGGAGAGGAAGUAAAGCCUGAUGAUGCCAGCGUCCUUGACCCCCCUGCCGUCACUGAUGCCUCUUCCGAGGCCGUUGAAGGCGCACAAGGUACUGCGUCUGAAACUGCGACUGCGUGA